GUCAUCGUUAUCGUCCUCUACUUCUUCCGAAUUUUGACGCUAUUUUAACGCUAUUCCAGAACUUGUGUCCAUCCGUAACUGCCCCACAGCGUCAGAGAUGGCUGAGUUCACAUGUGGGCCUCCCGAUAAUGAGCUCUACAUGGAACAAACUGUUAACAAGAUAAACAUUAAAGAGGAAGAAAACACGGGAUGGCAACAGGGCAAGGAAAAGCAACACCCGGGCCCGUACGGCAUAGAGCAACCAUCAGGUUGUCUUGGGAACAUAACACACAUCAAACAGGAGAAGACAGACGACACGGAAUGGCAACAGGACAAGGAAGAAGACGUGCUAAACCAAGAGGCGUACGGUAUAAGACUACCAACUGGAUAUCUUGGGAACGUAACGCACAUCAAACAGGAGAAGACAGACGACACGGAAUGGCAACAGGACAAGGAAGAAGACGUGCUACGCCAAGAGGCGUACGGCGUGAGACUACCAACUGGAUAUCUUGGGAACGUAACGCACAUCAAAGAGGAGCCGACAGACGACGUUCAAUGGCCGCAGAGCGAGCAAGAAGGAGAGCUAGGCCAGGAAACGUACAGUGAAGACCAGGAAACAUUUGGCAUAAACCUCCCGACCCAUUAUUCCUGGAGCGACAUUGGGGAGCAGACAGCAUACACGGGAUGGCAGCAGGACGAGGAAAACAACUUUGGAGACGACGAAACGUGCGGGGUAAAUUGUACCGGGUCUUACGACGAAGAAGCCUUGUCACAGACUGAAACUGGACACACCAGCACAGUAGAAGAAGGCAGCCGUGUGCCAACACAUACCUACAUUUGCUGGAAGUGCGGUUACCGAGCGACUCAAAGGUAUCGCUUGUUGAAACACAUGAGGACACAUACGGGCGAGAAACCCUACAAAUGUGACCAGUGUGACUAUGCUGCAGCUCUAAAAUACAACCUGGACCAACAUGUCAUGACUAAACACACGGCGGACCGUGAGAAACCUUACACGUGUGGCGAGUGCGACUACAGAACGGCUUUCAAGUGUAGCCUUUUCCAACACAUGAAAACGCACUCAGGCGAAAAACCCUACAAAUGUGACCAGUGCGACUAUACUGCUGCACAGAAAGGCCAUUUAGACAAACACGUCAUGACAAAACACACCGGUGAAAAGCCCUAUGUGUGCAGGGAGUGCGGAUAUAGAACGGCUGUUAAGUAUCACCUAACCCGGCACGUGAAAACACAUGCAGGGGAGAAACCCUACAAGUGUGACCAGUGUGACUAUGCUGCCAGUAGGAAAUCUCAAGUAGACCAGCACUCUAUGGCAAAACACACUAGUGAGAAACCGUACGUUUGUGAGGACUGUGGAUACAGAACAACUUCAAGUCAGAACCUAACCCUCCAUAGGAGAAAACAUACAGGCGAGAAACCCUACAAAUGCGAGCUCUGUGACUAUUUAGCUGCGCGGAAACAACAUUUAAACCAACACAUGGCAAAGCAUACUGGUGAGAAACCUUUUAUGUGUGGGGAAUGCGGGUACACGGCCGCUCACAGGGGCAAGUUAUCCAGGCACAUGAAAAUACACACAGGUGACAAACCCUAUAAGUGUGACCAGUGUGACUAUGCUGCUGCAAGGAAAUCUCAAAUACACCAACACGUCAUGAUAAAACACACAGGUGAAAAACCCUACAUGUGUGAGGACUGCGGAUACAUGACUGCCAUAAGUUCAAACCUAGCCCUUCAUAGGAGAAAACAUACCGGUGAGAAACCUUACAAAUGUGACCAGUGUGACUAUUCUGCUCCAAGAAAACAUCAUUUAGACCAGCAUAUUGCUAAUAAACACUCUAUUGAAAAACGUAACAAGUGACAAGUGGCAAGUUUAUAGGGGCAAGCUAUCCCGACAUAGAGAAAAAACACCGGGGCUAGAAACAAAAUAGAUGUGACUGUAUGUAUUAGUAUAUAACUUAAUAAGAUUUAGCAAAUAGAUGUACAUUUCAGUAAAAUGCCUGUAGGAGAGUAGGUAGUCAUUAAUAUGUAUCAAAAAUAUAAUAUUAUGUGUAAUUAAUUUUAUUGCUCAACAUAAGUAUGUGUUACAACAACGUAUACAUAUGUAAAUAC